AAGCACUCGAACUCCGCUUCCCAGAAGAAGAUUUGCUUCCUCUGUUGCCCAUCAUCCUCCAGCGUCAAUGAGGAUCUGACGCUGGGAUGUAUGAGCCCUUGUAUCUCUCCUUUGACGCCUACCCUCCCGUAAUUCCACGAGUGAGGGUACGAGGCAUCAUGGCUCUCUUCCUGGCUGUGUCCAUUCUUUGGGCUCUGGUUUGGUUACUCUACCGUGCGUGGCAGGUCUGCCAAACUCCUAACGAUGUCUUGGUCGACAAACUCGGCCUAGACAUUCCGCCGCCACCCGAUGUGACACUAGAAGAGGUCACAGCUCGUGAAAUCCGCAUUGCCUGGAAACAACCCGAUUUCUACAACUCGAUUUACAAGCAUAUUAUCCAAGUAAAUGGAAGCAAGGGUAAUUCGGAAAUUUUCAUCUGUUCUUUGGCUAGGAUUAGCGCAGGAAGUGCUGACAGUCCCCAGUGGGCGAAUCGAGAAGGGCGGAAACCGCAGUAGAAAUUUUAAACCUGGUUCCGGGGACAAUAUACCAUAUAUGCGUUUUCUCUAUCAGCGCUGCCAAUUUUCAGACACCCAGCGCUGUUCUCCAUGUGCGAACGAAAUCUCUCCCCUUGUCCCAGAUCCAGCAGAAUGCGGCGGUUGGUGGACCAACGAUUAGAGCGUCGAUCCCGAGAUCUACUGCUGGUCUCGCCGCUCCAUCUGCACCUCUGAUGGCUCGUGAGCACAGUGGAGGUCAGCUACAACCGAAGCGAACCCCAGCCGGACGAAAAAUCUCCCCUGCGACAAGCGGGGUGGAUCUUUUCCAUGGGCAAGCAAGCGAUAUACAGAAGAACGUAUCCAGCGAUGAUACCGAUGAGACCUUGGAACAGCUUGCUGAAAGGCUAAAGUCUCUGCAACACGAAAACGAAACCCUAGACAAGCAGGCUGCCGAGGAGGAAGAAGAGCACUUCGCGUUGUUGAAGGAGCUAGAAAAGCAACGCGACGAACUGAAGAAGCGCGUGAAGGAGAAGGAUGAGGCUAGUGGAGAUUUGAAGAAGCAAGUAUAUAAACUUGAAACGGUCAACCGAACGGUGCAGAGCGAGAGGACCAAGCGAGAGAAACUCAUUCAGCAGAAAGAAGCGGAACGCAAUAAACGCAAGAACGAUAUUGAUCGGUGGCAAGAUCAAGUUAAGAAGAUGACCAAAGAUGUUGAGCAGGCGAAGAAGGAGAAGUCACGUGUGGAAGAAGAGGGCAAAAAGCGAGCAGAUCAGAUUCGUGAGAAAAUCUCCAAGGAGCAGACGCAAAUGAAAACGCUUGACGAUCAGAUUCAGGAUAAGGGUGGGCGCAUCAAGAAGCUUGAAGAGGAACGGAAGAAGCUACAAGGCGGAGACAACGAGGAUGGCAACGAGCUCGAUCGCAUCGAUAAUGAGCGAGCUCGGCAGUGGGAUAUUAAGCUGGGGAACCUACAAGCCAGAUAUGCGUCCCUCGUGAGCCUUCAUGCACAAGCCCAGCAGCAGUACCAAGAAGCCCAGGACCACAUGAAGUGGCUUACAUCCCAGCUGCCCCCCACUUCUAGGUCGUUUUCCCUACCGACCGUAGACUUGGAUCUCUCGAAUACGGCCACACUCCGUCCUGGUCGCCACCGCGGAUCGUUUGCCAGCAAUGUUUCUUCUCCGGUUAAUUUCCCUACGGUCGAAUCUUCUUUUCAAAAUGCCGUCAAUUUCAACCCUGCCUCAACCAACUCACCCACUUUUGCCUCAAAUCCAGCUUUCUUUAAUAUCAACAAUGUGAUGACUCUACCAGGACUACCUGAUCCGCCAGAAAUUUUGCGAGGAGAAUUGGAUUUAUCUUUCAGCAAUACCCCGAUGAGUCCACGUGCUGAUGCGCUCUUGCCAUCGGAUCUCCUUGGUGACGAGGAAUCGCCGGAACUUCCUGGGGCUGUUAAUCAUUCUCGGUUUCCCAAAGCCGAGCCUUCAGACACACUCGAACGCUUCCCACAUACCGAGGCUUCACCAGAAUCGCCGGGGAGUCGACCUGCAAGCAUAUUCGCCAGCCCAAGGGAGAAAGAGCUAGCCAAAGAUAAUGAUUCUCAGUCCGCCAAUUUGGCCGUCACAGAAGAUGCUCCAAAGAGUGCAUCACGGAGACUCUACGGCCUCUUUGGCUUUAAUCGCCCGCGUGGGAAAACACUCGCAGAUGAACCCCCUCUUCUUGGAACAUUGAAGCCAGGACAAAGCCAGUCAUUUCCAAGGAAUCUAGAUGAGAUGGAGCCUAUUGGAUCUAGACGUCGUAGAUCAAGUUUUACUGGCGAUCUAGGACAUCCAUCACUGGUACUCCCAAGGAGCAGCAGAACCAGUGUCACUGCUGACAGCUCAUCUGACCAUCUGCACUCUCGACGUGCUGCUCUUUCGAGUAUCUUCUCAGCAGGCAAGUUUGGCCUUGGUGGCACUAGCAGUCUGAAGCCAAAUGACCGUCUGGAUCUGAGUGCCGGCUACAAUCAGUUCAGCCCAAGACAUGAUCCCAUCGAUCCCUCAUAUAUUCUGGGCCCAGUUCGACGCGGCUCGCUGUCACAGAGACCUUCUUCGACGUCAAUUGAUAAUCAGCUGCCACACCCUUCAACAGAUAACCGGUAUUUCGGUUGGCCUUCGGUAGAGAGGACUGGUCACCGGAGUCCACUUGGGUUAGAUUGGACUUCGCAUUCCGCUUGGUCAAGAGCCCAGUCUCGUAGACCAUCUAUGCAAUAUGGGUCUACAGGUCAUCUGCCAUUGGGACUCACUGGAGAACCGGAUUUUAUGCAAGAUCCAUUUGAGAAACAAGCACGUCCUCUACAGGCACCCAUUGGCACACGUCCAUCCUCGUCUCAUAGGCCAGUCACACCUAAGUUGAAUCCUGCGGCUCCUUCUUUCAAGACAGUCUUCGGCAAGAAGUCUGAUAGGGACAAAGGCAAAGAGGACGAUGACGAUCAGGAUUCAUUGUCUGACAUCAGUUUGCCGUCAAAGCAUCGUGAUUCCAGGGAAUCUCACUCAUUGAAUGGUGACCACAAUCCUCUAGAGAGGUCUAUUUCUGGCACUUCUGCGGACAACUCUAGUUCAAAAGAGUCGUUCAUUCGCAAACUUACCAGGAAGGGUAAUUCCGGAAAAUUUGGGUCAUGGAAGGACCGUUCGAGCCUCUUCUCCAAGAAGGGAGAGCCAUCCUUGAGCGAUAUUGACGACGCAGGCGGUGAAGCACAGCUCGGUAGAAGCCUGGAUAGUAUCGUUUCAAGCACCCCGUCGGUGGACAAGUCAAGCAAGAGCAGUCUCGGUUUUUUUGGUCGUAAGUCCAAGAAAUCCAACAAGUCUAUUAGCGAGUCCAGUGAAAGGGCCAGCGAAACUGGCGAUGAGGAUAUCACCGAAGAGGCUACCCCAGUUUGAUGGGAUCAGCACCGUCACUCGUUCGAGUUUGGUAUUUCCUUCCAUACACGUUUGUUGUGUCCAAUCACGGACCAUGAAUGUGCCAUAGCACUAAGUUUCCUGGGUGGUUUUCUUUUGCUAAUUCUUUUUUUCGAGUCAGACAAUAGCAAAAUCCUGUUUCCUUGAGUCCUCUUUCCUCUGUAAGCCUUUCGGUUAUAGUUAGCUAGUUAGUUAACUAUCCAAGACGUAGCUGUAUUAUGUAAGUUACAUGUGGAUCCAAUAGUUAACUACUUAGUUAUAAACUUCUGGCGCUUACGGGCUGCCCAGAAAGUCAAA